UCCGCGCGCCUCGAGGCUGGCGGGUGCAGCGCCCGCCGCGGCAGGUCUGCUCCAGCCCCCUCCUCUUUUUCGCUCCCGCUCCCCUCCUUCUCUCCCUUUGCUUGCAACUCCUCCCCCACCGCCCCCUCCCGCCUUCUGCUCCCGCGGUCUCCUGCUCCCUGCUCUCGCCGCGCGCUGGGUCGGGAGCUAGUUGGAGCGCGGGGGUUGGUGCCAGAGCCCAGCUCCGCCGAGCCGGGCGGGUCGGCAGCGCGUCCAGCGGCUGCUGGGAGCCGGAGCGCAGCGGGCGAAGGCCCGGGUCGGGACUGCACCGGAGCGCUGAGAGCUGGAUGCCGUUCCUGCACGGCCGCCCCAUUCCUAGACCGGCCGCCAGCCCUCCUGGUUAGUCCCUGCCGCUCCGCGCCGCCCGGGAGUCGAGAGCCGCGGGGAACCGGGCACCUGCACCCGCCGCUGGGAGUGAGUGGUUCCAGCUGGUGCCUGGCCUGUGUCUCUUGGAUGCCCUGUGGCUUCACUCCGUCUCCUGUUGCCCACCACCUCGUCCCUGGGCCGCCUGAUACCCCAGCCCAACAGCUAAGGUGUGGAUGGACAGUAGGGGGCUGGCUUCUCUCACUGGUCGGGGGUCUUCUUCCCUGUCUGCCUCCCGGAGCUAGGACUGCAGAGGGGCCUACCAUGGUGCUUGCAGGCCCCCUGGCUGUCUCGCUGUUGCUGCCCAGCCUCACACUGCUGGUGUCCCACCUCUCCAGCUCCCAGGAUGUCUCCAGUGAGCACAGCAGUGAGCAGCAGCUGUGCGCCCUUAGCGAGCACCCCACCGUGGCCUUUGAAGAUCUGCAGUCGUGGGUCUCUAACUUCACCUACCCUGGAGCCCGGGAUUUCUCCCAGCUCGCCUUGGACCCCUCCAGGAACCAGCUCAUCGUGGGAGCCAGGAACUACCUCUUCAGACUCAGCCUUGCCAAUGUCUCUCUUCUUCAGGCCACAGAGUGGGCCUCCAGUGAGGACACGCGCCGCUCCUGCCAAAGCAAAGGGAAGACUGAGGAGGAGUGUCAGAACUACGUGCGAGUCCUGAUCGUCGCUGGCCGGAAGGUGUUCAUGUGUGGGACCAAUGCCUUUUCCCCUGUGUGCACCAGCAGACAGGUGGGGAACCUCAGCCGGACUAUUGAGAAGAUCAAUGGUGUGGCCCGCUGCCCCUACGACCCACGCCACAACUCCACAGCUGUCAUCUCCUCCCAGGGGGAGCUCUAUGCGGCCACGGUCAUCGACUUCUCAGGUCGGGACCCUGCCAUCUACCGCAGCCUGGGCAGUGGGCCACCGCUUCGCACUGCCCAGUAUAACUCCAAGUGGCUCAAUGAGCCAAACUUCGUGGCAGCCUAUGAUAUUGGGCUGUUUGCAUACUUCUUCCUGCGGGAGAACGCAGUGGAGCAUGACUGUGGACGCACCGUGUACUCUCGCGUGGCCCGUGUGUGCAAGAAUGAUGUGGGGGGCCGAUUCCUGCUGGAGGACACAUGGACCACAUUCAUGAAGGCCCGGCUCAACUGCUCCCGCCCGGGCGAGGUCCCCUUCUACUAUAAUGAGCUGCAGAGUGCCUUCCACUUGCCGGAGCAGGACCUCAUCUAUGGAGUUUUCACAACCAACGUAAACAGCAUCGCGGCUUCUGCUGUCUGCGCCUUCAACCUCAGUGCUAUCUCCCAGGCUUUCAAUGGCCCAUUUCGCUACCAGGAGAACCCCAGGGCUGCGUGGCUCCCCAUAGCCAACCCCAUCCCCAAUUUCCAGUGUGGCACCCUACCUGAGACCGGUCCCAAUGAGAACCUGACGGAGCGCAGCCUGCAGGACGCGCAGCGCCUCUUCCUGAUGAGCGAGGCCGUGCAGCCGGUAACACCCGAGCCCUGUGUCACCCAGGACAGCGUGCGCUUCUCACACCUCGUGGUGGACCUGGUGCAGGCUAAAGACACACUCUACCAUGUACUCUACAUUGGCACCGAGUCGGGCACCAUCCUGAAGGCGCUGUCCACAGCGAGCCGCAGCCUCCACGGCUGCUACCUGGAGGAGCUGCACGUGCUGCCCCCCGGGCGCCGCGAGCCCCUGCGCAGCCUGCGCAUCCUGCACAGCGCCCGCGCGCUCUUCGUGGGGCUGAGCGACGGCGUCCUGCGGGUCCCACUGGAGAGGUGCGCCGCCUACCGCAGCCAGGGGGCAUGCCUGGGGGCCCGGGACCCGUACUGUGGCUGGGACGGGAAGCAGCAACGUUGCAGCACGCUCGAGGACAGCUCCAACAUGAGCCUCUGGACCCAGAACAUCACCGCCUGUCCUGUGCGGAAUGUGACACGGGAUGGGGGCUUCGGCCCAUGGUCACCAUGGCAACCAUGUGAGCACUUGGAUGGGGACAACUCAGGCUCUUGCCUGUGUCGAGCCCGAUCCUGCGACUCCCCUCGACCCCGCUGUGGGGGCCUUGACUGCCUGGGGCCAGCCAUCCACAUCGCCAACUGCUCCAGGAAUGGGGCGUGGACCCCGUGGUCAUCGUGGGCGCUGUGCAGCACGUCCUGUGGCAUCGGCUUCCAGGUCCGCCAGCGAAGUUGCAGCAACCCUGCUCCCCGCCACGGGGGCCGCAUCUGCGUGGGCAAGAGCCGGGAAGAGCGGUUCUGUAACGAGAACACGCCUUGCCCGGUGCCCAUCUUCUGGGCUUCCUGGGGCUCCUGGAGCAAGUGCAGCAGCAACUGUGGAGGCGGCGUGCAGUCGCGGCGUCGGGCCUGCGAGAACGGCAACUCCUGCCUGGGCUGCGGCGUGGAGUUCAAGACGUGCAACCCCGAGGGCUGCCCCGAAGUGCGGCGCAACACCCCCUGGACGCCGUGGCUGCCGGUGAACGUGACGCAGGGCGGGGCGCGGCAGGAGCAGCGGUUCCGCUUCACCUGCCGCGCGCCCCUUGCAGACCCGCACGGCCUGCAAUUUGGCAGGAGAAGGACCGAGACGAGGACCUGCCCCGCGGACGGCUCCGGCGCCUGCGACACCGACGGUACCGCCCCGCGCCCGGCGCCCCCCUCCCUCCUCUCUCCCAGCCCCGGAGCGGUGAGGGCGGGGGCGGGAGCCCCGGGGAGGCCCAGGCCGGGGUCGGGGUGGCCGGGCGCCCAGUCGCUGAGGCCUAGCCCCUCCGCAGCCCUGGUGGAGGACCUCCUGCGCAGCGGGAGCACCUCCCCGCACACGGUGAGCGGGGGAUGGGCCGCCUGGGGCCCGUGGUCGUCCUGCUCCCGGGACUGCGAGCUGGGCUUCCGAGUCCGCAAGAGAACGUGCACUAACCCGGAGCCCCGCAACGGGGGCCUGCCCUGCGUGGGCGAUGCUGCCGAGUACCAGGACUGCAACCCCCAGGCUUGCCCAGUUCGGGGUGCUUGGUCCUGCUGGACCUCAUGGUCUCCAUGCUCAGCUUCCUGUGGUGGGGGUCACUACCAACGCACACGUUCCUGCACCAGCCCCGCACCCUCCCCAGGUGAGGACAUCUGUCUCGGGCUGCACACAGAGGAGGCACUAUGUGCCACACAGGCCUGCCCAGAAGGCUGGUCACCCUGGUCUGAGUGGAGUACGUGCACUGAGGACGGAGCCCAGAGCAGAAGCCGGCACUGUGAGGAGCUCCUCCCAGGGCCCAGCGCCUGUGCUGGAAACAGCAGCCAGAGCCGCCCCUGCCCCUACAGCGAGAUUCCUGUCAUCCUGCCAGCCUCCAGCAUGGAGGAGGCCAUCAGCUGUGCAGGGUUCAAUCUCAUCCACCUGGUGGCCACGGGCGUCUCCUGCUUCUUGGGCUCUGGGCUCCUGACCCUGGCAGUGUACCUGUCUUGCCAGCACUGCCAGCGUCAGUCCCAGGAGUCCACACUGGUCCAUCCUGCCACCCCCAACCACUUGCACUACAAGGGCGGAGGCACCCCGAAGAAUGAAAAGUACACACCCAUGGAGUUCAAGACCCUGAACAAGAAUAACCUGAUCCCUGAUGACAGAGCCAACUUCUACCCAUUGCAGCAGACCAAUGUGUACACGACUACCUACUACCCAAGCCCCCUGAACAAACACAGCUUCCGGCCCGAGGCCUCACCUGGACAACGGUGCUUCCCCAACAGCUGAUACCGCCGUCCUGGGGACUUGGGCUUCUUGCCUUCGUAAGGCACAGAGCAGGUGGAGAUGGGACAGUGGAGCCAGUUCGGUUUUCUCCCUCUGCACUAGGCCAAGAACUUGCUGCCUUGCCUGUGGGGGUCCCAUCCGGCUUCAGAGAGCUCUGGCUGGCGUUGACCAUGGGGGAAAGGGCUUGCUUCAGGCUGGCAUAUGGCCGCAGGUCCAGUUCAGCCCAGGUCUCUCAUGGUUACCUUGCAACCCACUGUCACGCUGACACUAUGCUGCCAUGCCUGGGCUGUGGACCUACUGGGUAUUUGAGGAAUUGGAGAAUGGAGAUGGCAAGAGGGCAGGCUUUUAAGUUUGGGUUGGAGACAACUUCCUGUGGCCCCCACAAGCUGAGUCUGGCCUUCUCCAGCUGGCUCCAAAAAAGGCCUGUGCUAUAUCCUGAUUAUCUCUGAAAGUAAUCAGUCAAGUGGCUCCAGUAGCUCUGGAUUUUCUGCCAGGGCUGGGCCAUUGUGGUGCUGCCCCAGUGUGACAUGGGACCAAGGCCAGCGCAGGUUAUCCACCUCUGCCUGGAAGUCUAUACUCUACCCAGGGCAUCCCUCUGGUCAGAGGCAGUGAGUACUGGAAACUGGAGGCUGACCUGUGCUUAGAAGUCCUUUACUCUGGGCAGGUACAGGCCUCAGCCUUGCCCUCAAUGCACGAAAGGUGGCCCAGGAGAGAGGAUCAAUGCCAUAGGAGGCAGAAGUCUGGCCUCUGUGCCUCUAUGGAGACUAUCUUCCAGUUGCUGCUCAACAGAGUUGUUGGCUGAGACCUGCUUGGGAGUCUCUGCUGGCCCUUCAUCUGUUCAGGAACACACACACACACACACACACACACACACACACACACACACACACACACACAAUCACAAUUUGCUGCAGCAACAAAAAAGACAUUGGGCUGUGGCAUUAUUAAUUAAAGAUGAUAUCCAGUCUCCAAAUGUCUCUGUGCAUCUGUGCGUGGGCUCCUCUUGCAUAGUCUAGGCAAUCUGAGCAAUGCACCAGGGUGGCAGAUGGUCUCUCAAGGUGGAGGAAAUGCCCCAAGUAGCCUUAUCUUUAAUAAAUGAUAUCUUUCCAUUUGUGGAAUGGAAAUACACAUACAGUGUACACAUACGUUGCCCUAUACCCUUUUUGGAAAAGAUGUUGGGGAUAAGCAAAUUCACAAGUGGGGACAUAAGGUACACCAAAGGCAACAAAACAGGAGAGAGUUCUGCCUGCUCCUUUAGCAUCUCUUCCAGGCAACAGCUCCAGGGUGUGAGUCCAGUGGGAGAGUGUUGAUGAGAAUUAUUUUAUGAGAUAUUUAUACUGCUGAGUUUAAUAA